AUGCAGAAUCAAGAACAUUUGCUACAAGAGAUUGAGAGCAUCGAUGAUUACUGGGGCCCAACUAUCAGAGCCAUAUACGAUCAGGACAAUGACAGCCGCAAAUUCAUUGACAUUUUGGACAACCGUAUCAAGCAUUAUGACAAAGAAAUUGAACGUAUGUGUAAUUUCUAUUAUCAAGGGUUCAUAGAUUCUAUCAGAGAAUUGCAGCAAGUUGAAAGUCAAGCGUCUAAGUUGAAAAACCAAGUAGUUCAGCUAAAUUCUGAUAUACAAAAAAUUGUUGCUGAUGUCACAGAUGCCGGUGAAGAGUUAGUGAAAGCCAGACAAGUUGAAAAUAACAUUGAAAUGGCUAUUGAUAGUUUGUCUUUAUGUUUACCUGCUCUUUCUUCAUAUAGUAAAUUGCAAAAACAAAUGGCCAGUAAACGUUACUAUCCUGCGUUGAAAACAUUGGAACAACUGGAACAAUUAUAUUUACCACAAGUAUCCCAUUAUAAAUUUUUUAGGCGAAUUAUUGAACAAAUUCCUAAGCUCCGAGAAAAUAUUAAAGAUUCUUCUAUGUCUGAUUUAAAUUGUUUUUUAGAAACCAUAAGAAAAUUUUCAUCCAAAGUUGGAGAAGCUGCAAUGAAACACAGUGUUGAACGAGGUGUCGAACAACAAAACUAUGAUUUUGGUUUGACUAAGUUGAAAAAGAAAAAAGAUUCACCCGAAGAUAAUUCUGAUGAUGAAGACUCAUUGAGUGCACAAGAUCUUAUUGAUUUCUCACCUGUUUACCGUUGUCUUCAUAUUUGUACUGUAUUGUCGUCGCGAGAUACGUUUGAUGCAUAUUAUAGACAACAGAGAAGAGAACAAGCUCUCUUAACUCUUCACCCUCCCAACAACAUGCACGAGUCUAUUUCAAGCUAUUGUAAUUAUUUACAGAGUAUUGUAGGAUUUUUUGUCGUAGAAGAUCACGUAUUGAAUACUGGUAAUGGAUUAUUGACAAGGUCUUAUUUAGAAGAUUUGUGGAAAAUGGCAUCUGACAAAGUGGUGAGCAUAAUGAGGACAAAUACCGCAUACUGUACUGAUGCAAAUUUACUCUUGAAAAUUAAAGAUUUAAUUAUGGUAUUUUACAUAACUCUUAGAAGUUAUGGGUAUCCUGUUAAAAAUUAUUUGGAUUUAUUACAUGAAAUACAAGAACAUUACAACGAAAUAUUAAUGCAAAAAUGGGUUCAGGUAUUUAGAGAAAUUUUAUACAGAGAAACAUUUUGUCAUCUUGAGGUUGACAACCAAGAACAAUACGAUAAUGUUAUACAUACAUUUCCCUAUCAAGAUGAACAUUUAGAAUCUCUACCAUUUCCUAAAAAAUUUCCAUUUUCAUCGAUGGUGCCCAGCGUUUAUGAUCAAGUAAAGCAAUUUAUAUUCGCUUGUCUAAAGUUUUCCAACGACCUUAAUUUUAGUGAAGGAGAAGUCGACGAAAUGGUUCAAAAAUCUACAAAAUUAUUGUUAUCUCGAACUUUCAGUGGAUGCUUAUCAUCUGCUUUUCAUCAACCCAGACUUGGUCUUUUACAAGUUAUACAAAUUAUAGUUGAUACUAGAUUUUUAGAAAAAUCAUCAAACUCAAUUCAAAAAUUUGUGUCUGAGGCUACUGGAUCUACUGGUGGUACUGUUGGGGAUGAUGCAGGGAUUACAUUAGGUGUUGCCAGAAGUGAUGCUGAACAUCAUAUGUACGAUAAAAUGAAAUUGAAAUUAAAUGAGUUUUUGGAUUUAGAAGACUAUGAUUGGAUGUUAGCUGAACCGACUGGUCAAGCUUCAUCAUUUGUUACCGACUUAAUUAACUUUUUACGGGUAGUUUUUAAUGCAUUAAGAAAUCUCACUGAAGAAGUAUCUGUUCAUGUCUGUCAAGUGGCGUUUGAACACAUUUCUAAAUCUAUAUUGAAUUUAUUACUCAGUGAUGAUAUCAAACAAUUAUCUAUGGGUGCCUUAAAUCAAUUAAAUCUUGAUGUUAUACAGUGUGAAUUGUUUGCUGCAUCAGAGCCCGUUGGGAAGACUGACGAUCCGGAUUUUUCUCAGCAUUUUGCUCCUCUAAGACAACUCUUGGACUUACUCCUGAGUUGGGAUUGGUCAACAUACUUCCACGAUUAUGGCCAGGAGACAUCAAAAUAUUCGCACGUUAAACCAACCACAGCCAUUAUUGUUUUAGAAAAAUUAAAAGAAGCUGAUAAAAAAAGUGUAUUUUCAGUAUUAAAAAAAAGUGAAAGGGAUAAAAAAAAAUUAUUAGAAACUGUUCUAAAACAAUUGAAACAAUUGGCAAUAACUGUUCAACAAUAG